CGACAAAGCGGCAUGCAACUCUUGACCGUUGUCCUUGUCCGCCCUCGGAUACCACAUCUUCAACCUCCACGCCCACCAGCCUGGUCCCUCCUCUUCAGCAAUGGCCCGCCUCCUCACCUCGCGCCUCAUCCUUGCCCCCCUCGCGGGCAGCAUUGUCUCCCUCUCCCUCGUCGCCCUCUACCAGCAGUCCUCAACAUCGAGCACGCGGCACCUCUCGCACGCAGCCGCCAGGGCCGACGAGGCCUUGGAUGAGGUCAAGGGAAAUCGAUGGAAUCAGAGUAGGCCGAGGUAUGAGAGUAUCGGCGAGCAAUUGAAGUCGAGGUGGAAUCACCAUCUCGUCUCACUGAGCGAGUCGAUCAACGCCGUGCGAUGGGAUGAGGUUGUCGACCGUCUCAUCUCCCGGACCUCACAGUUAACACAGAAUGCGACCAGCGCAGUAGGCAAUGCUGCCUCCUCUGCUUCGAAUAGUGGCAGCAGCAGCGGCAGCGAUCUUGCAAACAAGGCGGAGCACCUUAGCCUGAGGACAGCGGAGGACGUCAAGGCAAAGAUAGAGCAGGCGGCGCAUGCUGUCCAGGGCGGGCCGAGUGCGUCGUUGAGGUAGUGAGAGGGAGGGGUUGGCCGUCGGGGAGAGGGGAGGCAGAGCAUACAGUCGCGGCGAAGAUAUCAUAGCAAUGCACA